CUCGUCGAGAAGUAUAUCGAAAUAUCAUUGUUACCGCGGCAAUCCACCAGCAGUGUGCUAAUCGACGUAGACGGUGGAUCGAUCGACGUCCAAGAAUGACAGUAAUAAGGAUGACCUCGCCGGUGACGCCUGCAUCGACCAGCCCAGACUCGCCGGACGAAGCCCAGGCGUUGCGGGCGAGUCCGAAACCGGCCCAUCGAUUGAGCUUCUCCGUCGCGGCUCUGCUAGCCGACACGAGGAAAUCGUCAGAGCCCACGACCAGGCAGGACGCGAUCCUAACGUCACCCAGAUCGUCGCCGAUCGUCUCGUACGUGCCGAUUCGACAGGAGCCGCGUAUGCCGAAGUAUCCGUGCGAUGCGAAAACGUCAAGAUACACCUUAUCGUCGUCGCCCAAUCAGGACCCCACCAGAUUGAUCCAUCGCACCUCACCUCACCAUAACUCGGAGCCCAGAACCCCGCCGAGGUAUCCCGGCGAAGCGAUCGACUAUGCCUGCAGCAUCGAGUCACCCGGUAGAAGAUCAACCUCCGGUAGCGUGGAUUAUCGUAUGCGUCCGUCCAUCGACGCCAGGACCACCCCGGAGCCUAUGACAGUGGGCUGUUCCUCGUCCCCGAUGAUCGGCAGCCAUCCGGACGCCGGUUCGCAAUCACCGAGAAGCAGCUCUCACGGUGAGGCCCAUUCGAGAUGUUCCGAGACGGACGACGUCGAAGAGGACGACGAGAGUAGAUUGGUCGACGUGGAGGACGUUCAGCAACAUUCGUCCAGUCCGACUCCCGUUAGGCCAACGCCGGCGUACCUUGGUGGUUUCGCCACCAUCGGCGGUAUCCCGGAGAUCCCGCCUAGUCUUCACCCUGCAAUCUGGGGCGGCGGGCAUCAGAAUGCAGCUGCGGCCGCCGCGGCGGCCGCGGCCACGGCCACGUUCUUCCCUUCUCACUUCUCUCAUCACGCUCCUCUAAACGAGAACGGCGAGCCGGCUAAGAUUAAGUGCAACCUGAGGAAACACAAGCCGAACCGAAAGCCCAGAACGCCCUUCACGACCCAGCAGUUGCUGGCCCUCGAGAAGAAGUUCAGAGAGAGGCAGUACUUGAGCGUCGCCGAGAGGGCAGAGUUCUCGUCCUCGUUGCACCUCACGGAGACGCAGGUAAAGAUCUGGUUUCAGAACCGGCGUGCCAAAGCGAAACGCUUGCAGGAAGCGGAAAUCGAGAAGCUGCGAAUGUCCGCCGUGCGACAGCAUCACACGGCGCUGUACGGUUCGCACCCGGGGAUCUUAACCCCCGCGGGACUUUAUCCCGUAGGAAUGCUGUCCCAUCCCGGACUGACGUCUCAUCACACGAUCGCUCAGCAUCCCGCGAGAGAAUGAGAGCAGUAGCGUACGAUGCCGGUUUAUGCAAACCGGUUGAAAUGACGUCACCGAAUCUCACGUCCCGAGGAAUGAUUUCGAUUGCGCGGGAAAGGGCAGACUUAAAAAUUUACACGACUGCAGUACGUUGACGAAAUAACAUUGAAAUGAUCUCGAGAAACAAGGGGAGGGAGAGAGAGAGGAGAGAAAUCUCGUCAUCGGGCUUUAUAUACUUUCCAGUAUUAGUUUAAUGAGAAAAGUGAAGGCUCACACAAGUCUGUUGAAAAAUUCGUCUGUGCCAAUGUCGCCCGUCUUGAAAAGAGGCUGGAAUCACUAUUGUAAAUAGAAUUGUAAAUAUUAUUCAUCUACCGCGCGUUAAUUUUACUUUGUACAUAAAUACCUAGCGACUAUUCGAGAAAUGGGGUUGCAUUUGCAUCACUGAGUGCAAGUAAUAAAACGAAUGAAUCUUGGUAGCUUAGAAAUAAUUCUUUUUCCAAUUUUGUAUAAAUGUAAAGCGAGCAUAACGACGAU